AUGGAGAAACAGGAAGAGGGAGAAGAGGAGGAUAAAUAUGAGCUGCCCCCCUGUGAGGUUCUGCCUGUCAGUCUGGCCCCUGCACAGUCUCUUGGCUCUAAAGAUGACUCCUUAUAUCUGGAUCGUUCUGGGCCCCUGGAUCCAUCCAAGCCACCACUGCCCCCGCCUCAGUCUACCAUGGCCAGAGGACUCCCCAUAAACCCUUCCUUCCCUACCCGCCCUACCUUUGGCUACCAUUUCCCGCUGAAGACAGCAAUGAACCCACAGCCUGCAAUCGCAAAGCAGGGACCUGUUUUUGGAAGGCAAGGGCGAGGUGCACCUGCCAGAGUGGUAACAGAGAAGCCAGAUGAGGACAUCUACCUGGAGUGUGAGCCGGAUCCAGUGCCAGUCUUGACGAGGUCUCUGAGCUCCAAAGCCCUGUUACCUCCAGUUCCUCUGCCAAGAACAUCUGGAUUGCCCAAGUCAGUGGUUGGUCACCAGGAGGCUCGGAAUGGAGCUGUGGAUGGCAUGUUGAAAGCAGGAAGGAGGCUGUCUGCUUCCUCCAUAGCCCCUGCUCUGAGUAGCUCUGCUGCUGAGAAUGGUAGUCUGCUGGGUCAGCCUUGGUACUCCGGGAACUGUGACCGUCAGUCUGUUGAGAGAGCCCUGCUUCACUUCCAAAAGGAUGGGGCCUACACGGUGCGCCUCAGCUCUGGGCCUCACAGUUCCCAGCCCUUCACUCUGGCAGUACUCCUCAGAGGCCGCGUCUUCAACAUUCCCAUCCGGCAACUGGACGGCGGGCACCACUAUGCCCUGGGUCGGGAGGGCAGGAAUCAUGAGGAGCUCUUCUCCUCCGUGGCCGCCAUGGUUCAGCAUUACACGAAGCACCCCCUGCCCCUUGUGGACCGACACAGCGGCAACCGGGGAUUCACCUACCUGCUCUUCCCCACCAAGCCCUGAAGAAACAGCCGAACACAGAUCCCCCUCGGGCACGGGGUGUGUGCCCCUUCACUCUCCCCUCCCAGACACAGAUCCCCCCUCGGGCACGGGGUGUGUGCCCCUUCACUCUCCCCUCCCAGA